UGUGAGAAAGGAAAAAGCGUCAGACGGCCUGAGCAGGGAGUGAGAGGUUAGGAUCAAGCGGUGAGCACAGGCGGAAAGACCCUGGGAGUUUACAAGCGCAGGCUUAACCUACAGCAUUCGUCAAUUGAAAAAUUAAAAAAUCAUACAUCUACCAUGGAAGAAAUCCCCAGGCCUGACCCUCCAGUUGUGGGUAAAGUGACCGAUCACAGCAUUGAACUUUACUGGAAUAAGCACCACCAAUUGCAAGGAUAUGUAGCUUCUAAUCGAGGGCUAUGUUUUUCAAUUGAAGAGGAGGACAUUAAAACACAUACUUAUGAUAACAUAUACACAGGAUAUGCGAAACAACAUGUCGUUACAGGCCUUGAGGCUUCCACCUCAUAUAGAUUUCGAAUAAAAGUCAUUAAUUCUACAGGAAAUUGUGCCUACAGCCCAGCUGUGACAGUUUCUACAACACGGGAAUCAAUAAACAGAAAACAUCUGCACCGUGCUGUAAUUAAGAAUGACAUAGAAGGAGUUCACCAUAUUCUGCAGUCAGGAAAUGUGAAGGUGGAUGUUCUUGAUGAGCUUGGGUUCUCUCCGCUUAUGUUAGCUGCUCAGAAAGGAUACCAAAGAAUAGUGGAAAUUCUGAUAAAAUCUGGUGCUGAUAUUAAUCAGAAAAAUGGCAGCGGUAAAGACAGCUUAAUGCUGGCCUGUUUUGCUGGGCACCUGGAUGUUGCUAAAUGUCUUCGGAGAUUUGGAGCUACGUGGGAAUCCCGAGACAAUGGGGGUUCAUCUGCCGUGCACUGGGCUACAGAUGGGGGACACCUGAAUGUGAUUGAAUGGAUGAUAAAUGAAGGUUGUAAGGUUGACAUCACUGAUGGACAUUUACUGUGGACACCAUUAAUGCGAGUUGCUGUCCUGAAUGGCAGUACUGAAGUUGCUUCUCUUUUAAUUAAAGCUGGUGCAAAUGUGAAUAUCCAAGACAAGAAAGGAACAACACCACUAAUGGUUGCAGUGCUUAAUAGUCAUGAAAACCUGGUCCACCUGCUGCUGAACAAUGGGGCCGAUUCUGCUGUAACAAAUCAGCAUGGUACAAGUGUCCUAGAAAUGGCCAAAUCCUUUAGCACGGAGAAUGUGAUCAGUCUGCUUGAAGAGUAUGGAAGAUGAGAAUUUACAAGAAGAAGGUAGACUCUGGAAAUAUUCAGGAGACACUCGGAAGAUUGUGAAGGUCAAAGGCAAAACUCAUUCCACAAAAUGCUGGAAAUACUCAACAGUUAGGGAGCAUCUGUGGAAACAGAGUUAACAUUUUAUCCUGAAACAUUAUCUCUAUUUCUGUAAAAAGAUGCUGCCUAUUUGUCUGAGUAAUUUUUUCAGGUUUCCAGCACCUGUAACACUCUACUUCUGUUUGAGUACUUCAGCCUAAUCACUUUUUUACUCAGACUAAAUUAUGCUUUUCAAACUUGAAAUCUUACUGGCAAAAAUGAUUAUUAAUGAAAUGUCCGAUUAUUUUUCAUUAUCUCCUGUAUUUUUUAGUGAGGUCACAAAGCCCUUUAUUUUCCUACUGUUCUGACUGGGCUGCAAAUCAGUUUUCUAUGAUCAUUAGAUGGGACUGCCAUGUUUCUGUCUGUGUCAUUCUGAAUCAGGCUGGUAGAAGGUUUGUAACGUGGUUUGGAAUAUAUGUUCUUCCAACCAAGCCUUCAACUAGUGCUCCAACAUUUAUCAACGGUAAGCAUAUUUGCCAAGGCACUUCUCACAGUUGAGAUGUAUUACAAAGAUAUUUAUGAGGCUUGAGUUUAUACAAUUAAGGAUGGGUUUGGGUUUAAGUAGGAAAUAGAAAAUACCAUUAGAGAAAAUUUUUUUUAAUAAAGUGCAGAGCUUUAUUGGCUGACAGACAAGUGGAUAUAAAUGAAAACACAAUUUCAAACAGAUUAUGGUCUUUUAUAUUGGAUAGAUUUGGUGACAGCAGAACAGUUUUUUAUGGUACAUGUGGACGAGGGCUCUUCUCUCUGUUUUACAUUGACUAAUCUGAUGUGCACUUUCAACAUAUUUUGUUUUUAUUUCAGACUUGCAGCACUCAUAGCUUACUUUUUAUUUCUACUUUUCAGCCAAUUCUCUAAAAAAUUUACAAAGAUCUAAGGAUCUUAUUUCAGAAUUCAAUGUACAGAAAACUUAAAGGAGUUGAGUAUUUUAUUCCAUUUAUGGAUCAAUAUACUGAACGUGAAGGGCUGAGUUUCACUUGUGUUAAGAUUUGUUCGAUUGAGACUUGAAAGGUUGACACCUUCCCGAUGUUCAAAUGUCUUUAGUUAUCUGCCCAAAGAUUUGUCUGACCCACAAUACAGGUAUUUCCACCACAAGAAGGUUAUAAGUCCACUGCAGCUGAAACAAUUAUUGGACCUCAUGCUGCUGGCAUCAGUCUGGUUCAUGUCAGUCAGUCAGACAAUGGCCAUCACCACUAAGAUAUCCCAGUUGCUGUGGCAAAAUUCACUUUUACAUGCACGUUGCAAUCUGCAAUUAGGAUGGUGGAAGCUCUUACCCUUUUUUUGGUCACUUGGCUGACCAGGAAUCUCUCCCACUUUUACUGCCUGCCAUGGUGUGCUGGAAGGAUUGCAGAAUGACUCUGCAUGUUUGGCCCUAUUAUGAAUGCACUUCUCCUGACCGUUCAAGUCAUGGAUUGAGGCUUGAAUCCAGAGAUUCUGACUCAAAGUCAGGAACACUACCCAUUCCAUCAGAAAGCCUCCUUAUGCACCAUCAAGUAGCUGAAACUAAUGAUCAUGUAUCAUUUAAGUAAUGAUACAGAACGACUUGCUUCCCCAAAGUGGACUGUAUUCCAAUGGGUUGUCAUGAGAUUGGUUUAAAAUCUAAUUUUGCCAUUAGAUUGUUCAGGUUGUUUGAGAGUCAAAAUAAAAGGGAUAGAGUUGGUUAUGAACAACAUCUUCCUAUUCCAGCUAUGUAUUAAGUAGAUGUUUAUGGGUAAAGGAGUAACAUUGAAACAUCCUCUGCUUAUACCAGUGUCUUGCAAGACGAUAAUUCCAAAUACAAUUUAAAGAACAAUUGACCUCAAAUAAUUAUGUAACAUAGAAAAUAUAAUGUAUGUUUCAUGAAUAUAAGACAUAUGGAAGGAAA